AUGGCCUCAGCCAUGAAGAAGGUCGAUAAGAUCAUCCAAAUCGUGCGGCUAAAACAGGUCAUGCAACGCUGGAAAACCAUGAGUCUCCGGCGGCGAUCAUUCCUCUCUCAUUCCGGCUCCGAAUCCGAUACCGGUUCGAAUCGCCGUACACCGCGCGGUUCACUGGCAGUCUACGUGGGCGCAGAACGACGUCGCUUCGUGAUCCCCACCCGGUUCCUGAACCUCCCAGUCUUUGUCGCCCUCCUCAAAGAGGCCAAGGAGGAGUUUGGGUAUCAAAUCAACAGUGGGUUGGCUUUGCCUUGUGAAGUUGGGUUCUUCAGAGCAGUGUUGGAGUUCUUGGAGAGAGAUGAGCAAAGGUUUUGUGGGUUAGGGUUAGAUGAGUUCCUGAAGAUGUUCUCUGAAGUGAGUCCUGAUUCUUGUAGAGAAUCAACCAAUACUUCUCAUUGUCUCACACCUCUUCUGCAGAAAGCUAGGGUUUGA